AUUUUACUCCGACCCAGCAGGGGGCUGUUUGUGUUGAAACAAGCGAAGCGUUAGCAGCAGCAGAAGUAGUAGUAGUGAUGGAAGGAACACAGACGGCACAUGAACAUGUCACUGACCACGGAUUAAACGUGUCCCUAACACAAAUGAAGAACCACACCGUUUUAACGAGAGGAGAAUAUGACUAUUCUAAAGGCACCUCUUGAAUUGUGCCCGUUUUGUAAUUUCACAAACGCGGUGUCACACAUGGUACAGAUUCAUGCGCGUAGACAUUUGGAAGCUGCCGUAAAGUACAAAGAUUUCAUCAUUGUCAAAUGCAGCGGCCAAUGCCGAGAAAGGGCUAAUUUUCACUGCUGCUUUUGUGAGAAGACUAUUAUUCAUAAGUCACAGUUAACAAGUCACAUAUUGAGCCAUCCUGCCUGUCAAGAUGUCAGUGGGCCAGGCGUUACUCCGGUCACAACAUCAGAACAACACAAAGAUAAUGUUGUGAAUAAAGACUCCACAGAGUGUUGUCUAAACAUGGAGAACGAAAACAUGAUGAAGGAUGGUGCAAACAAGCCAGCAGUUACAACUGAAGCAGACUCCAAACUUCAAACAGGAAACAAUUUAAAGAUUUCAACAGCUUCCUGUGGAAAUCCUUACAGAGAUUUUGAAGCAAGUAAUUCUUACAUCUGGGGAUUCUGCAUACUUGACCCUCUCACUGGUGUGCAGGUGGUUUGGGGAUGUGGUCAAGAACGAUGUUUUACAGAGAGGAGCACACUUUGCCUGGCUAGACAGUGUGGUCAACUGGAAGCGUUUCUCACCGCAAUAUUAAGAAAAGUACCGGGUGAUGUACAGCAUCAGGGAAUGCUUACAAUGCAGAUCCCUUUUCAAGUCCUGUCCACCAGGGUAUAGGGGGAGAGGCAAACGAGGUGAACUGCUGGGCUUUUACGCAGAAGAUAUUUGUGAAGGCUUUUGCUCCCAGGAUUGUUUUUAUGCGACAGGAAACACGUUGAUAUAUUGAAUGUAUAACUUGUGCAGAAGGGAAAGAGAAGGCACCUGCAAACUGUAAAAUGCAGUUAAAAAAAACUUAAACUUUGUACACUUCUACAUUUAUUCAUUUGUUAUAAGAAGCAGAAGGGAAUCUGUAAAAUGCAGUUGCAAAAAAACAAACUUGAACUCGGUACACUUUUCUACAUUUAUUUGUUAUAACUUGAGUGCAGAAUGGAAAAAAACUGCAUCAAUCUGUGAAAUGCAGUUACAAAAAAAAAAAACUUUUACUGUGUACACUUAACCAAUUAUUCAUUUUAUAACGUGUACCGAUGUGCAGAAGGGAAAAAGAUAGCGGCAUAAAUUUGUAAAAUGCAGUUGCAAAACAAAAAAAAACUUACUGUGUAUACACCAUUUAUUCAUGUUAUAACUUGUGCCGUUGUGCAGAAUGGAAAAAUAAAACGGCAUAAAUCUGUAAAAUGCAGCUGCAAAAAAACUGUACAAUUGCUGUUGUGUUAAUAAAAAGCCAUGGCCAGCACGCAUUAUGUUAACCUUAUUUGCUUGUAAGAGGUACCCUAUAUAUUGAUUCUUUAAGGUUUCUAUUCUAUUGUUUUCAUAUGUAGAUGAAUUUACUUUGUAUUUCUAUUAAAUGGGGCAUUAAGUUAAUCAUUUCUAGGCAAUGUUUCAAUCAAAUCAAAUAUUUUACAAAGGUAAUGUUAAAGGGGGUAGGAGUUACAUUUUAUAAUGGUGAUAACGAUAUAAUUACAGCAUUAAUGGGCUUUUCAGUAAAGUUUAGGGAUGUUCUAAGGUACACGUGAAGAGUUCACAUGCAAACGCCUAUAUAAGUGCUGUUUAAAAUGUUCUUCUAAAAUUAGCGUUCUUCAGGCUCCUCGGUUUACGUUGAAUGAUUUCAUUAAAGUGAAAUAACUUAAUAUAAACACCGGAGCCUGAUAAAAAUAAUCAUUUUUUGAAGAAAUGUCAGACGGCACUCGUUUCUGUUCUGUUUGCCGUAUUCCAUAAUCUAUUGCACUGUCGUGUACUUCCGCAUUCCAAACUAUCCAAAGCGUCAUACUUCUCUACACCAAUAAGCUGUAAAAGCGUCACACUUCUGUACACCAAUAAUCUAUUGUUCAUCAUGGACCAAUAAAAGUUGAGGUGGUCGGGGCGACAUAUGUCGUUACGCCCAAAUGUGGCGCCCCGCCCCAUCGUCCAGAGUGCACUUUGGGGUACUUGGUUCGUGUAGGCUACUGCUGAAUAAAAAGCUGUUGCAACCGGUUCGUGUCCGAAGAACAGGUGUUUUUGUCGAAGUCUGUUCCCCCUAUGUUUCCUCCUAUUAGAGUUGUUCCUCAUAGCGCCCGCUACGCAAACAGCGUGUAGAGGGCGGGCGCGUGCACGUUCCACUGGUGAUUUUCAAUUAUUUGUUGAAAAUACCAGAUAUUCUCAUACCAUGAAUUAUAUAUAUUUUCACAUUUCCUGUUUUGUAUGACUUCUAGCCAUUCUUUGGUCUGUUCAGUUUGUUUUAAAAUGUAUUUUGUAGAACAACGCAAAAUGUUGAAAAGCAAUAUAAAAUACGUUUAAAUAAAUAAGGAUGAAUUUAAAUACAUUGUAAAAUGGUUAGUUAUGUGUAUGGUAAUUGAAAAUCACCAGUGGAACGUGCACGCGCCCGCCCUCUACACGCUGUUUGCGUAGCGGGCGCUAUGAGGAACAACGCUGAGGAAACAUAGGGGGAACAGACUUCGACAAAACACCGGCAACCGGAAUCCGCUUGCUUCUCGCACAUGAUGAUUACGUCAUGUUUAGAUUUAUAUAAUCUUGUUUAGAAAUUAAAUAAAAUGUUCAUGAAAA